CGCUCGGCUCGCGCGCUUGCAGCGUGCGCGCCGGCCUCGCUCCUUCCUGCUCUUCCCAGGGUGAUCAGCUGGUCUGCGCUCCCCUGACGUGGGUCGGGGCACGUCACCGCCGAAUGGCAGCCUCCAGAAAGGCACCGCGAGUAAGGGCGAAUCAUCAGGAUUUUCAGCUGAAAAAUUUAAGAAUAAUUGAGCCUAACGAGGUGACACACUCAGGAGACCCAGGUGUGGAAAGAGACGGCGGAAUGGCUCCGAAGAUCACCUCCGAGCUGCUUUGGCAGCUGAGACAAGCCAUGAGGAACGCCGAGUAUGUGGCAGAACCAAUCCAGGCCUACAUCAUCCCGUCGGGAGAUGCUCACCAGAGCGAAUACAUUGCUCCGUGUGACUGCCGGCGGGCCUUCGUCUCUGGAUUUGAUGGCUCUGCGGGCACGGCCAUCAUCACAGAAGAGCAUGCGGCCAUGUGGACUGAUGGACGCUACUUUCUCCAGGCGGCCAAGCAGAUGGACAGCAACUGGACGCUCAUGAAGAUGGGUCUGAAGGACACACCAACUCAGGAAGACUGGCUGGUGAGUGUACUUCCUGAAGGAUCCAGGGUUGGUGUGGACCCACUGAUCAUUCCUACAGACUACUGGAAGAAGAUGGCCAAGGUUCUGAGAAAUUCAGGCCACCACCUCAUUCCUGUCAAGGAGAACCUCGUGGACAAAAUCUGGACAGACCGCCCCGAGCGCCCAUGCAAGCCCCUCCUCACACUGGGUCUGGACUACACAGGCAUCUCCUGGAAGGACAAGGUUGCAGACCUUCGGUUGAAAAUGGCUGAGAGGAACGUCGUGUGGUUUGUGGUCACUGCCCUGGAUGAGAUUGCAUGGCUGUUCAAUCUCCGAGGGUCAGAUGUGGAGCACAAUCCGGUGUUUUUCUCCUAUGCAAUCAUAGGAUUGGAGACGAUCAUGCUCUUCAUUGAUGGUGACCGCAUAGAUGCCCCCAGUGUGAAGGAGCACCUGCUUUUUGACUUGGGCCUGGAAGCAGAAUACAGGAUCCAGGUGCUUCCCUACAGAUCCAUCCUGAGCGAGCUCAAGGCUCUUUGUGCCAAUCUGUCUCCAAGGGAGAAGGUGUGGGUCAGCGACAAAGCCAGCUAUGCUGUGAGCGAGGCCAUCCCCAAGGAUCAUCGAUGCUGUAUGCCUUACACCCCCAUCUGCAUCGCCAAAGCUGUGAAGAAUUCUGCCGAAUCAGAAGGCAUGAGGCGAGCUCACAUUAAAGAUGCUGUUGCCCUCUGUGAACUCUUUAACUGGCUGGAGAAAGAGGUGCCCAAAGGUGGCGUGUCAGAGAUCUCAGCUGCUGACAAAGCCGAGGAAUUUCGCAGGCAGCAGGCUGACUUUGUGGACCUGAGCUUCCCAACGAUCUCUAGUACGGGACCCAAUGGCGCCAUCAUUCACUACGCGCCGGUCCCUGAGACGAAUAGGACAUUGUCGCUAGAUGAAGUGUACCUGAUUGACUCGGGAGCCCAAUACAAGGAUGGAACGACAGAUGUGACACGGACCAUGCAUUUUGGGACCCCUACAGCCUACGAGAAGAGGCAGGAUUUUCUGAGCUGCCGGAAAACUCCAGGACUGAAGCAUCUGUCCUCGUUCUGCAACAUGCCCCUGGGUUUUCUUUGGCAGGAAUGCUUCACAUAUGUCCUCAAGGGCCACAUAGCUGUGAGUGCAGCUGUUUUCCCGACUGGAACCAAAGGACACCUUCUUGACUCGUUUGCCCGCUCAGCUUUAUGGGAUUCUGGCCUGGAUUACCUGCACGGAACGGGACACGGUGUUGGGUCUUUUCUGAAUGUUCACGAGGGCCCUUGUGGCAUCAGUUAUAAAACGUUCUCCGAUGAGCCCUUGGAGGCAGGCAUGAUUGUCACUGAUGAGCCAGGGUAUUAUGAAGAUGGGGCUUUUGGAAUUCGCAUUGAAAAUGUGGUCCUGGUGGUUCCUGUGAAGACCAAGUAUAACUUCAAUAACCGGGGAAGCCUCACCUUUGAACCUUUAACUUUGGUUCCGAUACAGACCAAAAUGAUAGAUGUGGAUUCUCUUACAGACAAAGAGUGUGACUGGCUCAACAAUUACCACCUGACCUGCAGGGACGUGAUCGGGAAGGAAUUGCAGAAGCAGGGCCGCCAGGAAGCUCUCGAGUGGCUCAUCAGGGAGACGCAGCCCAUCUCCAAGCAGCAUUAAUCCUCCCUGGUUUUUGUUUUUGUAAAAUGCUCUGGGGAAGGGAAGAAGCCUGCCAGAUCCCUGACAGCUGUCCCCUUUCCUCUCCUCCCUUCUUUCUUCCCCUUUUUACUUUGAGAUUCUAAGAAGAACUGAGAAAUCUUCUUAUCCUCUUUGAUAUUUUCUUGCAAACACUCAGUCUUUUAUGAUUUUUUUAAUUGUUGAGAACGAGCCAAGAAUAAAAUUGCUGCACCAGAAGGAGGGUCCCGCAAAGCUGAUCACUCGCUCAGGGAGACGCCCCGAGCAGCCGCAGUGAGUUCUCUGGCCAGUGAUGGUGAAACACUGAGUGCUUACUCUCUGAUGGUCAGGUUCCAGGUGCUAGUACAUUAUUCAUGAUCACCUUGAUUCAUGAGACUGUAUUUAUGAUCAGUGAAUAAAAUGUCAGAAUGUG